GUGGCGACGCACAGCCGGAACUUCCUGCGAAAAUGGCCGCCCGCCAUCCCGGCCUCCGAGUCUAUGGGGGUUCCUGUUGGACUUCAACUCCCAUCAGCCCCAGCCAGGACGGUCCAUGGUGAGGGCUGACGGGAGUUAAAGGCAGCCAAAUAAGUGGAGGGGAACCAGGGUGGGGAAGGCAAAGGGCUGCGAAAAAGCGCGCGUUCUCCGCGUUUACUGGCUCCUGUGGUCCCCCCGCCCAUGUUCUCCGCACCCGCGUGGUAUAAAAUAGGGUCUCCCCCUCCCCCCGCCUGUCAGGCAGUAGAGACCCGAAUGGAAAGACGCCUGACGGGUGCGCGAGGAGCAGGACUGCAGACAUGGAGCUCGGCCCAAAGUGAGAGAAUACUAUGACCAUGCAUAUGAAGCGCACACUUUGUUUUCUUUUAGAGCAGACGGCGGGUGAAGAGAAAAGUUUCGAAAUAUAGAUAUACAGUAUAUAAACAGCCUCCCUUCCUAAUCUCUUCGUCACUGACUGCGCGCCGGUCGCGGGAAAGUGACGCAAUUCCGGGCCGGCCGCUGUGGCUGAGGCCUAUGUACAAAUGGCUCUCCCAGGCGCUGCGCUCCUGGCUGCUCCCUUCUCCCCCUUAUCGCCGCGACGCGGAGCCUUCGCUCCCUCGGCCGCGGAAAAGGCGCCACCCCAGGUCAGAGGGGGCUUUAGCUGGAGCUAAAUGCCAGGGCCCCGAGGGGAGGGUCUGCUUAGCCUCAGGGUGGGCCGGUGGUGGCAGCCGCUGGACUUGCCUUCCUGUUUGCCUCUUGCUCUCCCCUUCCCUGCGUGGCCCUCUUCGUUCUCAGAGGCUUGGGGAGCUGAGUGAAAGAGCCUCAGAGGUCUCAUGCCUCGAGCUAGGCCGCCUCUCCGAGUUGGCAAUAAUGCCGGACUGGGUGUUGAGCGGGGCUUUGGUUGCGCACGUUUAAAGCACGCCCCCUUCCCCCUCCCCCCUUUUAAAAAAAACCCCGGGAACUUUAUCCCACGGAGUUACAAUUGCUAGCACUUUUGUUGUUGUUUAGUCAUAGAAUCAUAGAGUUGGAAGAGACCACAAGGGCCAUCGAGUCCAACCCCCUGCCAAGCAGGAAACAUUGUGCUGCAUACACUCCUUGCUAAUAAUGCUUAAGACACCAAGCUGUAUUUAAAGACAGACAUUGGUUCUAGGCAUAGCUGUCAACCUUCCCUUUUUCUUUUGCGGGAAAUUCCCUUAUUCCAGUGCCGUUUCCCGCUGCUAUCUCGGAUUGUUAGAUAUCCCAUAGGCUGUCCCCGGGACAGGUGAGGCUGCUGAUCCCUUAUUUUUAAAUCUGAAAGUUGACAGCUAUGGUUCUAGGUAGACUUCAGUAUGCUUUUAUUGCUGUUAGGAAUGUGGAUGUGGUUACUUGCUGUGGCUUUACUAAAGUAUAUCUUCAUUGUUUGUAAGAAUAACAAUGGCAGCCUUCCUUCUUGCAGAAGGAAAAUAGGAACCAAAGUUAAAAAGGAAACAAGUUAUAACUUUCCCAAUUAUAGUCUGUGAGCAGACAUGAAGCUUCAGAUUUUUCAGAGUAGGUUUCUGAUUCAAGCAUGAGAUGAAGCAAGUGCCCUCCAAAGUAGUCCACGCUGAACCAUUCUGCUUUCUGAAGUGCCAAAGUGAAUCUGAACCAAAUCUUGUUUUCAGUGCACAGCCCUAUUCAGUGCUUUUGCCACAGGAUACUAGCAAAAUAGCACGGAAAUGUUGCAGAUAAAGCAUCAUCCUAUUUACUGAUGUAUAGUGCUGUCAACGGGGGGGGGGGGGGAAUUUAGCUUGCAGAUAUGUGAUCAACUAUUUGAUGGUCAAAAACAAAGUGACAUCUGCAGCAGCUGAAAACGGGUCUCUUGGCAACAAGUAACUCAGCUUUGCAUUGAAUGCCUCAUUUCUCAAAAAGUUUUACCUAUUUCUUCCACAGUACUUGGUGGCAUGCUGAAGACCCUGAUGAGAAGCAAGCAAAAAGGCAGAAGCUUGGUAAUACCUGUUAUAUCACUUCCCAUAAUUUAAGUUCUUUGGCUUUGGGUGUACUGACUCUUUGUCUUGUUUUUGACAAUUCCCUGUCAUUACUGCAAUAUAAUUAUGUAGAUCUUAAAAUAUUUUUCUUUCCCUGCCCUCCCACAGAGAUUUCACAGCUGCCUCAAAUGGCCAUAACUCAUUCUUUACUGCAAGUGAAAAAACCAACAUUAUGCAAACAUGGAAAGUCAGUGCUUUUAAGACUUGGUCAGGGCAUGACACAAAUUUGUUCAAAUAUUGUUUAUAAAUCAAUAAAUGCAAGGGCAUUUUUGUACUGCCAUACCUAUCCAGCAGAGGCAUAGAAGAGGGGCUUUAGUUGGAAAAUUGCCAGAGCACUAAAGAACAGUACAGAAAGAGUAAGGUCCCAAUUCAGAAACCUCAUAUUGGAAGGGCUAACCAGGAAUGUGUCUCUGUUCAGACCAAGAAAUGAGAGCCACCAAAUUAGGCAAAAUCUCUCUUUCUCUGGAUAAGAGCAGAGGGACAUCCUGCAAAUUGGACUUGCAAAUCUUGGAGUCCCAGGGAAGUCAGCCCAGUUCUGAAACCAUGUAAAGGUCUACUGAACCUAAACAUGAAGGACUUUGUGACAGUAAGUAGCAUCAGCCGAUGCCUACAUUCAAUUUUGUAGUGCAUUGUGUUUCACUUAGUUUGCUUCAUCCAUCAAAUUGGGUUUCAUUCACCUGGUUUGCUGCUCUAUGGGGGAAUAAUUUCAGAAAGCUGCUGUGCCACUAGAACUCAUAACAGAAUUUAUUCAUUUAUUUGAUUUAUAUAGCACCCUUUAUCCAAAGAUCCCAGGGUGGUGAAUAACAUUAAGAACAUAAUUUAUGGAGCAUAAUAAUUAAAAGGUAAUAAGCAACAUAAUGAUAAAAUAAUCAUAAUAACAGCCCUACCCCCGUUUAACAGGCCAUAGAUUAUUUAAUGGCCAGCCAGAGGAUUUUGUUCACCUGAUGCCUAAAGACAUGUAAUGAUGUUGCCAGGCGAGCCUCUCUGGGGAGAACAUUCCACAGACAAGAAAGAAGCCACCACAGAAAAGUCAUGUAGAAUGGUAGCAAUCCCUUUAGAUACUCCUUAUUCUGACAUUUGAUAACCCAAACCAGUAUUACCAUUGAUCACUGAGCCAGAAUAGCCUUGGGAACCCUGACUGACAUCUGCUUAUAGAAAACAAAAAGUGUCCCAGACCAUGAAGUCUUGGUUUUAUUAGUAUACAUUUUUAAGAAUCUUGUAUCUAACUUAUGCCUUUUUUGCUCCAGUUCAUCUUCUGGUUAGAGCAAAAGGAUGACAAGAUUACUUCUUUCCAUAAAUGUACAUAUUGCCAUGUGUGAAUGUAUUCUGUGGUACCUCUUGGGCCUUCAGUCUACUAGCCUUUACCAUUAGUUCAUUGGAAGGGUUCUUUGGAGUUUUCACCUUAUGACUACGAUGCUACUUUGUACUGCAUGAGAUUCAUGAGAGGCCUCCCUUUUGUCUGUUUAAUUUUUCCUAGGUAUUUUUGAAACACUGCAUCAGGGGAUUGCCUCUCUAAUUAAACUACCUGCCCAUCUGACAACUAAGUAUUUUCAGACUGGAGAUUGGCAUGCAGAAACUACAGACGAGGUUUGUAUGCAUUCUGAGAAGAGACUUACAGAUUUGAGAUGCACAUUCAAACCAAAUUAGAUCCAUUGAACUCCUACCCUGUUUCUCUGGAGUGGCAACACUAUUGAAUUCACUUGAGUGGAAAGGAUUCUUAGGGAUAGGCUUUCCUCUGGCACUGUACAUCACAAGCUUAUUUCCCUGCACAAUUUUCUUCUCAUCACCCCAGUUCCUUCAAAUAAUAACUAGACCUUGGCUAAGAGAGAACUCUUCUUGCAGGCCCUUAAGACGAGACUGUAGGGCUGUAUGAAUAGAAAGCCAUGAGAAAUGCCCAUGCACUGCUGGACUGCUUGGCUUUUCUUAGGUAAAACUUGCUUGUUGCCCUUUUGGAGAAUUGUUGGCCAAAGGGGUUUGUGGCAAAAAGAGUCUCAUUAAUUGCCCAGCUUAAGAGAAAUCAUUGUGGGGUCAGAGGUUGUAUCAUUUAUUAUGAUGAAUUGGUUCUUCUGCUGAAUGAAAAGCAGGGGUGAAAGUGAUCUCUGGAGAUCUGACACCUUACCAUUCAGUUAUUAACUCAACAUCUUAUAUCACAAAACAAAACCCCCAAUUCUGCACACUCUAGGCUCUUAACGUUAUGUCAUAGAUGAAUAUAAAUGUUGCUAAUACAUCUCCAAGUGUAUUGUUGCACAGUAAGUGCCUGUUACUGUUUUAUUCUUAAGGUAUCUAAUCUGAAAUCAGUGUGUUCAUGGCUCCGGUUGUGAAAACAGAGAACUAUGAAUGAAUCAUAUCAAGUGACACACAGGGUUAAGUAUUUUGUUACAAAUGUAUUAAAAGCACACCUCUUAUUCUGCCAACCCAUUAAGUAUAAGUUGCAGCCUUACACACCUGAGCCUGAUGCUAUUUUUCUCAAGUUACAUGAGUGAAAUUAUUGGGGCUUGUGCAUGCAUGAUUGUGCCCUGGUCACUGAUGGCUUAAAAUGGCAGAAAGAAUGUGGGGAUUGAGAGACUAGAAGGCAGUAAUUAAUGUAGUUUGUUGGUUCUAAUCCAAAGUAUUGGAAGAGGAGCAGUCCAGGGAACUGUGGGUUUUGUACAUUGGACAUGUCUGGAAAAUGACUUACACAAACAUGCUUUGUUCAAGAUUAUUUCAAAUGGAUCUGGUAGUUCAGAUGAUAAGAAGAUGGAACCUUUCUCUGGGAUGCAGAAGUUUGAAUUGGGUAAGUGACGUGUAUUGUCACUACAUUUCAUGUAUGAUUGCCUUAGGAAACACUUUCGUUUUUCAUAGCUCCAUUUGCCUAAAGUUUGAGGCGACAGAAUAAAAAUACUCAAAGCAUUGAAGAGUGUACUCUGUCUUCGUCUUUUGUUGUUCUCUCAUGUAGUGGUUAUACUCUCUUCAUAUACAGUGAGGGAAAAAAGUAUUUGAUCCCCGGCUGAAUUUGCCUGUUUGCCCUCUGAUGAAGAAAUGACCAGUCCAUAAUUUUAAUGGUAGGUUUAUUGUAGCUGUGAGAGACAGAAUAACAACAGGAAAACCCCCAGAAACCCAAAAGACAAAAGUCAGAGAUUGAUGUGCAUUAUAAUGAGUGAGUAUUUGAUCCCCUAUCAACCAGCAGAUGUCAGGCUACCUGGUAUCCUCACUGUAUGUUACAAGCUGAGAUUAGAAGCACCUGCUGUAGGGAAAGGUCUUACCUGUAAUCCCAGCUCAUUAACAGUACCAGUACAAAAGACACCUGUCGACAGAAGCAAUCAAUCCAGCAGAUUCCAAGAGGAUCAAAUACUUUAUUCCAUCACUGCAUGGUAUUUAUAACUAUUUUUUCACUUGUUAAGAAGUGCUGAGACAUUACUGUAUGGCAUGGAAUAACCUGCAAUGAUAUUAGCUUAGGUUGGUCUGCCUUGGUUGUUGUCUUUCAGCCUGUGUGCAUGUGCAGUUUGUUCUUCUUUGUCCUAUUAUGUUUCUGUUCUUUUCUUUGUGGGUUUGGUGACCUUUAAGUCAGACAACCUUCUGGGUGCCACCUGGGGGCUAGAGCAAAAGUUGGGCAGAUGUGACAGUUAUGUUUGUAAAAUAGGCUACAUUCCAGCAACAUCAAAGUCAGAGGUUUUUAUACAGAGGCACACACAAUAAUGUCUCCAUCCUCCAUUCAGGCAAGCAAGAGGCAUUAUCACAGUGCUCAAGGACACAUUUUAGCUAGGCAAAAGGAGAAUGCAAAGCAGGGCUUGAGAGGGUUGUGGUCUUGGAAGGGUCUUGAGGGCUGGAUAGAGAGGCCUGGAGAGUUGUAUUCCCCACUUCUGCUGUAAGCAGAUCCGCUUAUGUUGAAGGGCUUGAGCAUGUUGGAGCUUUCCUUGCAAGUCAUUUGCUGGCAGGGAGGACUCACACCUGUUGUCUCAUAUAAUGGAUGCCAGCCCUUCCUUGCUACUGGAUUAGCUUGCAAGGAGGACGGCUUUUGCCUGCCCUCAACAACACCCACUUUCAUAUGAUUAGACACGCUUAUGUGCGGGCAUAACAGCUUGUCUCUAAAACAGCAGGCUGGAGCCUUCAGAUUAUUCUACCUGAAUGAGUAAGUGCUUCUAGGAGAAACUUUAAAGGGCUCUAGUGUUCUCCUCCUAUCUACCAAAGGAAGUUUGGUAAUUCUCUGGGAUCAGCACAGCAAUUGUCUAUAGAAUUAUUUGUGGUAAAUCCUCCUCCUCUUUUUUUAUAGAUACAAAAACUGGUUGCAGUACCAGUAUGCAUCCAAAUGAAGAGAUGGUAACUGAUUGUCACAGAGUUAAAACCUGUCUGAGGUAAAUCUUCUUUCAAUCUGUUUUCAUAUGCGCUAAUUAUUAUGCACUACUUGGAAUUAUGAGAACCUGUACGUUUUUGUAGCAUUCUUAAUUCUGUAAUGCUUUCUUUCAUCUUCCCAGGCAUGAAUGUAGUGUCAAAAAGAGUAGCAAGAAAAGCCAUAAUUCGGUUCAAGAGUGCUUGCCAGCAUGGAAAAUUGCUACCCACAAGCAUUUCUUAGAAACCUCCCCUCCAGAGACUGGAAGACAUUUAAGGAAACUUCACUGUACGGUGGAAGAGGCAAGUCCAUUGACAUAUAUAGUACUUGUAAUGUACAGCAAACUUGUAAUGUACAGAAUUGCCUUGCAAUAGAGAAAUGGCUACAAGAUAUUUAAAUGUGGUGUGUAUUUCAGUAAGGCUGGUUAGAUGGUAUGUUUUCAUCCUUUACAUUUUAUUGCAUCUUUUUUCUUAGAUCAGGGCUAGACUGAUUUCAGUUUGUGUAGUUGAAUUUCCCCCUAGAACUCUCAUGGACACCUAAUAUGUGUUAAAUUUUUCUUGUGAGAGAGUCUUGCCAAGGAUAAAGGUAAAGGUACCCCUAACCGUUAGGUCCAGUCGUGGAUGACUCUGGGGUUGCGCGCUCAUCUCACUCUAUAGGCCGAGGGAGCCGGCAUUUGUCCACAGGCAGCUUCCAGGUCAUGUGGCCAGCAUGACUAAGCCACUUCUGGUGAACCAGAGGAGCGCAUGGAAACGCCGUUUACCUUCCCACCAGAUUUAUCUACCUAUUUAUCUACUUGCACUUGACAUGCUUUCGAACUGCUAGGUGGGCAGGAGCUGGGACCGAACAACAGGAGCUCACCCCGUUGCAUGGAUUUAAACUGCCGACCUUCUGAUCUGCAAGCCCUAGGCUCUGUGGUUUAGACCACAGUGCCACCUGCAUCCCUCUUGCCAAGAGUACAAACUCACUAUCUUUUUAAACACUCAGGUUUGCCUUAAUUGUUAAGUGAUUCAGAGUAUGCAUUCUUGCUUAAGACCUGGAUUCAGCUCAAGCUCUACCUUACCAUUAUUUGCAAUAAUCUGAGCAGGCACUAGGUCGCCCACCAGAAUUUGGUCAGUGGGCUAUUAUGUAGCUUCCCCCCCCCCCACCUCCAUUACACUUCCGUUUUUAAUAAAAUAUUAACUGUCCUUUCUGUUCCUCAAAAAUAACCAAUGUUCUUCAACUUGAUUUCAGUUGCAUAUCAGCUACUAAUAUUCUCUCUGAAACAAUAAGAAGCCUCAGUUUGAAACAGUGAAGUAGAGAGAUGAUAAUUUGGGUGGCAGAUCUGGUAAUCUGUCAUCUCUGAUCUAGUUUCCUGUUACAUAGGACACUGCCUUAACAGAAUAUUAGUCCAUUUAGCUCAGUAUUUUCUAUAAACUGACUGGCAGCAGCUCUCCAGUGUUUCAGAAAGGGUGCUUUUCACAGCCUUUCCUAUAGAUGUUUAGCAUUGAACCUGAAACCUUCUGUAUGCCAACCAGAUGCUCUGUCACUGAGCUAUGGCCCCAUGUUCUUAUAUAACCAUCCUAUAUGAACUGGAACGGAUCAAUUGGUCUUGGUCCAGUUGAUCAAUUGGACGGAUCAGUAGCUUGGUCUGUGCAUGUUUGCUCAGAAAUAGAGCUUACUAUUUUUCCCCAGGGGAAUUUACUCCCAAAUAAGGUAAGAUUGCUGUCCUGGGCUUUCUGUAUCCGAGUUCUCUUUAUGUGGAUUGCUAUUGCUUCGAAUCUGUCUUUCAGAGUGAUUAUAGGUGGCUGGCCUGAGAACUUGCAUAUUGAGGCACACUGCUGGAGUAUUCUUAUUACUAUUAUUAUAUUGAUUUAUAUCCCACAUUUUUCCCAGUCCAGGAAAUGAUAAAAUAGAAAAAGCUUUAAAACAUAGAAAAGAUGAACCAUUAAAAUGUAAUUAAAUAAUAUUUAAAAGAUCCAUUAAAACCACAGACAACAACAAUAUAUUUAAUAUAUUUUGUAUUUUUAUGUUGCAAACCACCCUGUGAUCUUCAGAUGAACUGCAGUAUGCAAAUUUAAUAAAUAAUAAUAAAAGAAUAUCAUUGUAACAUAUAGGGAGUAUGUUUAGAAUAAUGCAGGUAUGAAUGUCAUCACCCUUUUAACGAUAAAUAACUUCAUUAUUUGUCUCCUCCUCCCAGGGAGUACAGAGAGAGGAGCGAGAAAAAUACAAACAGCUGCUGGAACAAGAAAAAGAAAAAUGCUAUAAAAACCACUCCUCUCCCACAAGAGCAAAGUGCUUGGAGUAAGUCCCUAAUAAAAACAUUUUAAUAAAGUCAUAGAAUGAAAUAAUGAAGCAUUUUCUUUUGAGUAGGCUCAUGUGUUUCUUGGUGAAGGUUAACAUGCAUUGAGGAAGACAAAGCAGAUAAAGUUAAUUUCAGCUUAUUGGCAUUCUGGAUUUGAAAUAUCUCCUUAAUUCAUGCACUUGGGCAACAAUAGUGUCUUUAAUAUCAAGGAACUAAUAGGUGUUAGCAUCAGUGAGUAGUUGUGGUUUUGCAGAGCUACACGCUGAGAGGAAGUUGCAGUUGGUCACUCUCAGGUGUAGCAGGAAGUCACUUAUUCAGCCAUCUUCCCAGUAGAGGCAUUAGCAUUUUCUUCACACAAAAAAUCUCAGAUAACCUAGCUAAUAUGUUAUCCUCCUUUCAGAUCCUUUUGGGUUUACCUAACUCUGAAUGAUACCUUGUUUUCAGUAUCAAGAUGUAUGUGUAUUCAGUAUCUGUUCAAUGCCAUGUUGAAAUUUGAGGAUUCUUUUCCUUAGCUGAAAAUGUAAUUUAUCUCUGUUCUUGUGAAUAUCCUAAACCAAGUGUCCAGCAUGAAGUCCAUCAGCCGCUAAAAACUCAUUGCUGUGUAGAAAUCGAUGACCCUUCAUUUGACACACCAAGGAAUGGUAGGUACUAUACAAGCACUAUACAGGUAUAUAAUUAAGUAUAUAAUUAAAUCAAACACUAGCCUCUAGUUCAUACACUUUCAGUCCUACCAGUUUUUCUUACUGCUAUAUUUCCUCCUUGUGUUGCACACUAACUUGAAAGACUUGGGAAAAUCACCAGUCUUUCAGACUUUUGUUGAUGCAUUCCAGUAUAUUAAACUAACCUAGUAACUUGCCGCCUUAAUCAUUCGAAGUGAUUAAUACUUCAGUUAAAUUAUGCUAUUCUUCUUGUUCGUAUGCUUUUUCCUGCAUCUAAAAAAUAAUAAUGACACAGCUUUCUCUGAUAAUUAUCUGCAUUCAUAAUGUUAUAGGAACUCCUUCUAAAGCUACUUUUCCCAUAAGAAGACAUAUUUAAGAGAUGCAAUGUCUCUGAAAGUUACACUGAAUUUCUGGCUAAUAUUUUGAAAAUGGCAGAACUUAAUUGUUAAUUUGAAGAAGCACACAGGUAGGGUGGUAGCUUAUACACACUCCAGGGGUGGAGAACCUCAGUCGCUCAGGUCAAACCUGGCCUGCCAAGCCAUUUCCCCUCAGCUGGCUAUAUCUCCUGAUGGGCAGGUGGACAGGGUUCCUGCUGAUGAGCAAAGAUUAAGCUAGGGAUAAGAGAUUGAAAAGGGAAGGUGUGAGUUUCCCAAAGGCUUUCCACAGCUUUUGCUAGUAUCCCUCCCCCUUCCAUUGAGAUUGCAGCAAGAUCAGGCUUAAAAGGGAAGGAAGGAGACUUCUCCCUCUGCUUCCCUUUUGUGCCUCGUUCUCCUGUAAUCCCAAAGGCUUCACACAACAGCAGAAGCUCCUGGCUUCUUUCUCUUAGGUCGCUGGCAGGAUGAGAGAAAGACGAAGCUUUCUAUCUCUCCUUCAUCAAAAGAGAAAACGAGCUUUUCCCCACCUCAUUAGCCAGCUUCCUUCCCAAGCACUUGCUGCUACUAUGGCAGUGGCCAGAAAGAAGUUCUCAAAAGCAGCAGGUGCUUGGGAUGUUAGGAAAACAUUCUUCAAGAAACAGAUGAAAGUUCCUUUAAAAAACGGUUUCUAGAAUUUCCUUUAGUGUGUGGGAGUGGCAGUCUUGGCUUGAUUGGUGUCAGCUGGAGGUGCAAAUAAAGGGAGGAAGUUGCAGGCUGCAAGUUUAGCAUGAAGAAAGCACACACACACAUGCUGAGUUUAUACCGUGCUGGUGAGUUAUAGAAAGAAUGCAAAUAGUUUAUGUAUUUGGGCCUUCUCAACACUGGCUCCGGCCUGGUGGAAUGCUCUGUCUUAUGAGACCAGGGCCCUGCGGGAUCAAAUUUCUUUCUGCAGGGCCUGCAAGGCAGAGCUGUUCCACCUGGCCUUUGGCUUAGAAUCAGUUUGAUUCCCUCCCCCUCUUUCUUUUUCAUUUCUCCUCCUGUGAAGAGGGUGCAUCCUAAUGUUUUAAUGUUGUAUCUUAAUCUUUUAAAUUGUAUUUUAAUCAACUUGUUUUUAUUAUUGGUUGUUAGCCGCCCUGAGCCCAGUCUUGGCUGGGGAGGGCGGGGUAUGAAUAAAAAUUUAUUGUUAUUAUUAUUAUUAUUAUUAUUAUUUGUAAGAGAAAUGCUUGUGCGACCAGUCAAGAGAUAAAGAAGCUCUUGACUGAGAACUUUGACUAUGACUACUGUUCUUGUCGUCUGCCUCCGGGGAAAAACUCUGCUAUAAACAGUAAGACGAGGUUUUACUGAGGUGCCAGCAUACUAGCAGAAAGCGCAGCAGAAGUGUGUGGGCGGUAACCUCUAAUAUGGGAACCCCACAAGAGAUUUUGACUGUGUGCCUGCGCCUGUCAAUCACAUGGUGUCAUAAUGAUGUCGUGUGAUUUACAGGUGGGCAGCAGUGAUUACUGGUCAGGUUUGGCUUUCAAGGCCAGUUCUGAUAAAAAACCAAAAAAGGUCACACUCCUGCUUUAGAUGGUUAUAAGAGGAGGAAGAGGAAUCCUUAACACUAAAGGUGAUGUUAAAAUUUGUUCUUAAAUACUUUGUUCUCUCCUUUUUAAAAUCCACCUUGGUAUUGGCAUAUUAUUUUUUAAAAACAACUGUAAAUUAGGUAUACAUUAAAAUUGUGUCUUAUCGUAAGGUGGCAGAAAUAGCUUAUUGGUUUUUUAUUCUUUAUGAUAUACUUGAAAUAAGAAGCUGUUUCCUUGGCAUAUUAUUAAGAGGAGAAAUUAUUUACAUGUGAAAUGAGUAUGGCAGCCAACAUUUUUAAAUUUCUUUUCUAAAUAGUAUGUCAGUGCCAUGCUAAAAUUGCAGUUGACUAAAAUACUGUGUUCAUUGCACUUUUUUUUCUUAAAGGUGUCAAAAACUUUGGCUGCCUGUGCCCUCAAAGAGCAGCAAACAGGUAUGUGAAGAUGUUGUUGCAAAAAAUUUGCUGGUUUUGGCUUUGGAGUUGAUUGGCUGCACAUUGAUGCAAGAGCACCACAAUCUUUAAUUAUUGUGUGCAUCAGGUUUUGCUUUUACACUUUUCUCAUGAGUAGUACUUAGUUGUAUCAUUAACUUCCCCAAGGGGAAGUGUUAGAGCACUGAUACUUAGGUGGAUUUAGGGCUAACCUGGAAGCCAUAAAAACAGUAUGUGAGCUGUUGUUAGCAAUGGCUCUAUUUAUUUGUUAUUUCUCUCUCACCUAUAGAUACACGUUUUAGGACAUAAGGAGUAAGAGAAGUACUGCUUGGGGGCAAAACCAGACUGGACGUAGGCAGGGACACAUCUUAGAAUCAUUGAAUUCUAGAAUUGGAAGGGAUCCUGAGGGUCCAGCCCCCUGCAAUACAGUAAUCUCAACUAAGCAACCAUGUUAGGUGGCCAUCUAACCUCUAUGACUUCCUAGGAUGCUAAAGCUUCUGCAUCUUAGUUUUGUAGAGAGGAACUAGAUGAAAUGAUAGAUAGUUCUUUGCUGUUUGUAUAUAAUGAAAAUUUACUAGGUACAUUUUUUAUUCUCUAGCCUUCAGUUCUGGAGCCCUUCCAAACAAAGUAUCUUCACCAGCUUCCAUAUUAAUGGGAUUGUAACUGUCUAGUCAAACUUCUUUCUUAUACUAAAAACUUACCACCUGGCAAUGUUUGUCUAGUUCUGUACUGUACAACUUUCAUUUCUGGAGAGAUGAGCCACUCAGCUAGGUAUUAUAGAAGUUGCCUCAUACACUUUUGCAGUUUGCUGUUCCUUCAUUCUUUCUCUUUCCACGCAAGCAUUGCCGCAACUGCUUUUCAUGGGAACGAAAGAGCAUUGAUUUUAGCAGGAAUUAAAUGCCAGUAUGCUUUCUUCUUCAUGGGAAAACUGUUUUCCCCUCUGCCUUAGCAAAAUCCAUCUUUCUUGCCGUGAAUUAAUCUCUGCUUCUUUCAGUUCAGUGACAGUAGCAGAAAGAACUCCAGAACCUAAAAAGUUAGUAGUACAUAAAAAAGAGGUGAGUCGUUUUUCUGUACUAGUGAAGCUUUUGUCCUUCAUUGCAUAAUUACAUUUUUCCAUAUGAUUAAUACUUUAUGUAUAACCUGGCUCCUAGAGCAGCCUAUAAGGAUUAAAAUACAUCACAAAUAUACAAUGUAAGAUGCUGGGAGGAAUAUUAGAGUAUGGAGAGGAAGCAAGUCAGAGAUUUCCCUUCAGGUUAUUUUGUUUCUUGAGAUUUGUUUUGCUUUUCUAGUCAGCUUUGCUGGUUUGAUUGCUCCUUGUGGAUUGCUGAUGUCAGUUUCUGAAUCUUUACAGAAUACCCAGUCAGUAUUGUUGAGAAACAGAGGAACCCAGGGCAGACAUCAGUGGUGGACUCUGCAGGGUGUCGCAUAUUAAUGUUGUACCUGUCUCUGAUGAUUGCAGAUGGCUAUCUGCCAGGCUGUAGAAAUCAAAACAGUGACCUUUUCCAUAAGCGCAACUCAGCAAACACACAAUUGGUGUUUCAUAUUGUAUUUUGGGGGGAAGGAUCUUGCAACCAUAACUUGGCUGUAUUGCUAGAUGACUAAUGUGCUAAGCCUCAUUUUGUGGAUUUGGAACUUAAGUAAUGCAUAUACAGUGGUACCUUGGUUCUUGAAUUUAAUCCAUUCCGGGGGUCCGUUCAACUCCUGAAAUGGUCCAAAAACCAAGGCACGGCUUCCGAUUGGCUGCAGGAGCUUCCUGCACUCAAGCGGAAGCUGCUUUGGACAUUCGGCUUCUGAAAAAUGUUUGCAAACCGGAACACUUAUUUCCGGGUUUGUGGCGUUCAGGAGCCAAGCCGUUUGACUACCAAGGUACCACUGUAGUGCAAAGGGAAUCCCCACUUUGGGAUACAAUAAAGUUUAGGGCUUCAACCAGGUCACUCCUUCCCAUACUUGUAUUUUUAUUUCCACAUACCUCAAGUAUGCAGAGAUCAUGUCUGUGGGAGUCCCUAUUUUGCUAUCAGACUGAUAGACGGAGGAUACAGCUUUAGUGGAAUCUUAAAGAUGGCACUGGAAUAUAUUGAAUUUUCCUUUCCCAUGAGCAGGCCUGUCACAGACUUGUAUUUCACAAUGGUCCAAUUUCUUUUAACAGAGUUUAAAGCAUUGCUUGACAAAUGAUCUAUCAGAGGAUGUGUCACGUAGGUUAAGCCUUGGUCAGGAAGAAUCAUCAUAUGGAAGGCAUUCUCUAGUUGAGUCAGAAGAACAGAAAUAUCUGAGCUUGGACAAGGCUACAGAGAGCCUUCCUUACCUUACAGAGGUACCAUUCUUGUGGUAGGGUUGAUUGGGAUAAGUUCCUAUCUGAUGGACUAUUUGACCUGAACAAAUGCCACCAGUCUCUUCUGUCCUCGGUACUAUGCCCAGGAGCAGUAACUUAUUAUUUUAAAUUAGCUGUUCAGAUUCAGUUGCAACCCAAGCUGCAGUAUUCAGUAUGUGACAUGUUGCAAGCAAGAGCUUUAGCAUCAUUUUAUAAUCUGAGGAAUUUGAGCAAACCAGAGAUAUCAUGACUUGUCCCCACUCCUGCCCCCGAACAUGGGAAGUUUAAUUCUGCCUGCUGCUCUCUACUUAUGCAUCUAAUAGCAUAACACUUGCCCUUCCAGGAUAUGGAGAGAGAGAUAGCGAAUGUGCUGAACUGUGGCGAAGACGACGAAAUCCUGACUAGUGCCUUCAAGCUGAACAUUACACGUGGAGACAUCCAGAGACUAAGAGACCACCAGUGGCUCAAUGAUGUGGUAAAAUACAAGUUUUCAAUUCUAGUCAAAACAUUGUUAACUUUUUCUUGUGGCAAGGUCACUUGCUGUGAGGUGGACUUGAAUUCUUGGAAAAUUAAAGCUCUUUUAAGUGUUCCAUCCUGGCUUGGUAAGGACUUUGACAUGAUUGGGCAGGGGCAUCUGUUCUACACUGUUUGGUAUAACAAAGGUCAUUCUGGUGUUUGAAUGACAUUCCAUGUUCAAGUUUGCUAAUGAGUGCAGGGAAAUUAGCUGAAGCAGGGCUUCUAGCUAUGCUGAAGAUCCUUGAGGCAAUUCAGCAGGGUUUGUGUGCAUUGUAUAUUAAUGUCCUCCAGAACCUGCUGCCAGUGUCACAGUUUAUACAAGUGCUUCUGACUUAGUACUUAUUUCCUCAGUUCUGAAACAACCUCUUUAAUGAAUUGCUCUGGUUUCUGGACAGAUGAGUGCAACACUUUUUGUAAGAAAAAGGAUUCUAUUUGUCGUGCAACAUCGAAAAAUUUCUAGAUACAUUGCUCCACAUCAGUUCUGAUUUCUUCCCUGUCUGUACCAUUGAUAUAAUCUUGACACACAAGAGAAGCAAAGCAAGCUUCGGAAACAGCCUCCAGCUUAUCUAAGAGGGUGCUGUGGGUUUUUGCAGACUCGCAUGAUUCAUCAGGAGGAGGCUCGGGUCACAGGGGGCCACAGGUGGGGGACGUGGCAGGUGUGGAAGUACUUAGACUUGCUUUCCAAAUAUCCUGAUCAGACCAGCAACCCAGGUAAUAUGUGCAGAUUUUACAUGGAGUGAAGGUCUUAGCAGUUCUGGAAACACUCUGCAAAUUCUACAGCCCAGCAGUUUAGCCACAUGACGUCAUGACAGCUGCCUCCUCUUUAACAGAUAAACAUCUAAUAGUUGCUCUUUUCUUCCUUUAAUUGUUUCUUGUAUUUAUAGGUUAUUAACUUCUAUAUGAACCUUCUGAUGGAGAGAAAUAAACAACUGGGCUUUCCAGUACUGUAUGCGUUUAAUACUUUUUUCUACCCCAAGCUAAGUUCUGAGGGCUAUAAUGGGGUCAGAAGAUGGACCAAGCAAGUGGACUUGUUUCAGCAUGAUAUAAUCUUAGUACCCAUUCAUAUCAGAGUACAUUGGGCAUUAGUGGUGAGCGCAUUGUUGGCUUUUCUCAUUAUUUCAUUUUUAGAAGGGAAGAAGAUGUGAAAGUAGCAAAUGUGAGUGUUCCAUUAAUACUAUUAUUUUGAUGAUAGGUUAUAGACAUGAGGAGAGAGACCAUCAAAUAUUUUGAUUCAAUGGGACAAGAUGGCCAUAUGAUAUGUAAGAGAUUGCUGUAAGUCAAUUUUUCUAAUAGUAAUUUACUUUACAAGUAUUUUUUUUCUUUCCAUGUUUGCUCAUUUAUGUGUAAUACUCCUUCUAAUUAAAGUUGCAGAGAUGUCAUGCAUUGCCAAAUAAAUAACCAAACACAAGCAACUGUCUGACAAGCUGUCUUAAUACUGCACCAACUCUUAAAUUGCUCAUAGAUAUAUUGAGAUGUUUACUUAACCCCUUAGAUAUGACUGUCAUUUUUAGAAACAGACACAGUUAUUGUAAAACUGUAUUCCCUACUUAGUUUACUUUGCAACUUUUUAAAAUAAGCUUUUAAUUUAAAUCAUCAAGUGAAAGUAUGCUCUUAAAGAUAUAUAGCAUCUUCUCAUUCUGCCAGAUAUUGAAAAGGUUUGUGAUACAAAAUUUUGCUAACUCUGUAGAGUGAUAAACUCUAUUUCAGGAGAAUCGUGACUGAUCUAUCUCAUGCUUUUAUUGAACAGGCAUUUUCUGCAGGAAGAAAGCAAAGCCAGGAGAAACAUGGUCAUAAAAACUUCAUCAUGGACACUUUACAGUAUGGAACCACAUGUGCGUGUGUGAUUUUACGGCUCUAAUGUGCAUCUCAGCACAUGUUCUUUAAAGUGUUGCUUUGGGUGUACUGAUCCUUCCUUAAAGCAUCAUUUAUUAAGCUAUGAACAAAUGUUAGGUGCUCACCCAUAAGUGUUGAAUGCUGAGCUUGUUGAAGGGUUUCCAUAAUGCAGUGAAGACUUAGAUAAAAAUAAUGAAAUUUUAUGCUGAAGGGAUUCUAACGUGAAAUGCUUACUAUCUUGAGUUAGGUUAAUUUGGGAAAAGUUUAAAAAUUUCAAGCAGAGUGGAUUUCACAGAAUGUAUAGCUCACUUGGUAAGACUGGUGCUGAUAUGGUCGAUCUACUUUCGGAACUUUCUCCUGUAGUCUUAAGUUUUCCGUAGAGCAAACCAUGUCUAAUGUAGGAGAGAAAUGGGAAAUGUAGUACAGUACAAUCGCAUCGUACAUGGGGCUUUGGUUCCACGUAUCUAUGACACUAACAGAGCCUCUUUAAUGUUCAGUAUUCUGCAGUUGAGGGGGGGAAGCAGAAAGGAAGCAAUAUCUAUCUAUAUAUAUUUCUGCAUUUUUCUGUUUCCUCCCUUCCCUCAAUCUUAGGAAAUUCCACAGCAGUUGAACGGCAGUGACUGUGGAAUGUUUGCUUGUAAAUAUGCAGACUUCAUCUCCAGGGAUAAACCCAUUUCAUUUACACAGGUGAGUGGCCUGAAACACUUUAGGAAAGCCUAAAGCUGCUUUCCUCCUGCUUUGCCUCCCUUGAGGUAGGCAGGGAUUUGUUCACGGCUAGUUCUGCCAUAGGCCUUCUCUGUGACCCCUAUUUCCGUGGAGAAAUGGCUGCUUAUUAGUGGUGUCCCAUCUUGCACAACUGCACAUCUGGGACUUUGCAUAUCUGAUACCUUUGUUUGGAUAUGCUCCCAUAUAUUCUGUUCAUGACAUGAUGAGCUGAUAAACCAAGCUAUUGCAAAGAAAUAAUCUGGGGUGGUGAUGGAGAGAGAAUAAUCAUGAACGUAGUAGUAGACUUUGAGCAGUGACUCCUGCACAGAUGGGAGGUUUGCUUGUAUGACUGCGUUCGGUGUUCCAAGGUGUUUUUCUUUUUGCAGCGUCACAUGCCUUACUACCGCAAAAGGAUGGCAUGGGAGAUACUUCACCAGCGAUUGCUGUGACACCAUCUCAAAGUAUCCUCUUUCCUGAUCUCCGUUCAGAGAUAGGAGGUAUGCAGACGUGUCGUUCCAAACCCAAGUACUUAGUUCUGAAUUUCCAUCCAAAGGGCUGAAACAUGGAUUAAGAAAGGGAUUCGGCAGAAUCAGCUUAAUGGUACCAGAGUAGUGAAAGACUGUUAAAGAAAAGCGGCCUGACAAUUCGAUAUUGGAUAAACAAUGAGCAACCUCAGUGACGUGAAGAUGGAAAAUUGCCAUCUUCCCAACGGCUGUACAUUAUGUACUAUAAUUUCAAGGCACUGACUCUAAUCAGGAAAUAUGCUAUGAGCUCGUAUGUCAGUUCCCAGCUCCAUUUUUAGGUUAGCCUCACCAGUUUGCCAGCACAUCCCUCCUACGCAAACUACGGUUAGAAACACUUCCAAGAUGGAGUAAGGAAGGGGUGUGCAAUUGUGCGUGGGUGGGUGUAUGAACCUGUGGCAUAUUCCUGACCACCAGACAAAGAUAUUUUGGAUUGGAAGGUGGAAAACACACUUGUUUGGUUUUUUUUUUUUUCUUUUCUAAAACUCGAUUUGUGGUGAUUUUGGAAGAUAGAAAUUUCCUUUUGAUUUGUAACAAAUCCAUAGCAAAAGCCCAAAUGGGGACUCAUCUUUCUUUAAAAGGAUUAUGAUUUGUAUGAGACUUAUUUAUUUGUGUUCGUAUAUUUAAAUGGAAAUGUGUUGGAAUCUGAAAUAUUUGAAGAACUAAAAAUGGAAAUAAAUAUUUAUCUAGCAAAUCUCAAUUUGAAUCUUUUCAUCUGAUACUGUACUUCAUCUGGAAAAGUUUUGAGGUAGUAGUGCUAAGGUUAAAGGAAUAACGUUAAUAGGUGAAUGGGUAGAAUUCAUAUAUUUUCUUUCAAACAUAAGCAGAACCAUAAUUUAAUGGGUAAGAGAAAACAGCUCUACUAACUUUCUUUCUACAGUGUCUGCAUGUCUUUAGUAGGCGGAAGCACAUGUUGCAUUCUGGUGAGGAGGAAAAGGAAGUGUUCACUAGCAUUGCAAGCUGAAUGUUAGCAAGUUGUGGUUUGACUACAGAGCACACACAGAAAACCAAACCGAAAGAAAUCUAAUAUCCCACUUCUUUGCUAUAUUCAUUAUCUGCUUGUCAAUCAGUACAGAAAGAAAAACUAACUCUGGGUUUUAAUGUUGUGCAGGCAUAGGCAAACUCCAGCCCUCCAGAUGUUUUGGAACUACAAUUCCCAUCAUCCCUAGCUAACAGAACCAGUGGUCAGGGAUGAUGGGAGUUGUAGUCCCAAAAUAUCUGGAGGGUCGGAGUUUGCCUAUCCCUGAUGUUGUGGAAUGGGAAGAGUGGAAGGAAAUUGCAGUGGGCAGGAGAGUAUUGUGAGGUGAUUGUGGGACAACUGGUCUGUGCCUAGUUCAAGUUUGAAGGAACCUUUUCUCCCCCCGCCCCCCAAAAAAUACUGCAAUUCCCCUCUCGACUCAUAAUGCUGUUAUUUAGUGCUUUGACCAAUUAUUCUUGGAGGCUGGUUAUAUUUAACACUUUUGCAGAUGGCAGUUGUGCAGUACCAUUCUGGAAAUUGCCCAGUUUUGGCUAUAGUUAUAUUGGACAGCCUUCAAGUGUUGUGCACUUCUGGGUAAGAGUCCUUUAUGAAUAACUGCAUAUGCAGCUAUUUUGCUGUGUACAAGAGAUUUGGUGAUGGCUUCCCAGUGUAUGCCCAUUAUUGGAACGUAAGUGACAUGGGAACAUACGGAAGCUACCUACAUGCUAAGCAUGACGAGGCAGUGUGUCCUGUAUCGUAGAAUAUAGUGGAUAAAUGCAGGUGUGUGGCCUGAUUUGUAAGCCUUCCUUUCCUUUAAACAGAUGCCUCCAUGCACUACUUGUCUGUAGUUUAAUUCAGAGAAGGGAAAGCUGCAACACUUCAGGCCGGGUUAAGUCUGGUGAAAGGUGCUUUGGUUCCUCCCGUGAAAUAUGCCUAGAAUUGAAUUGGUGGUGGCUUAAACGUAAGUUUUGCAGCCUGAAUUUAUGUUUACAAAUACAGCAUUUAUUUAGCACUUUAAGUGCUCGGUGUACUUGCAUGCAUUCCCAAUAAUCCUUACACCACAGUAAGGCUACUCAAGUCUUUGUAUCCUUGCAUCUCUUAAAACCACUGGGAGGCCAUGCCUUAGACGUCAGCCCUUUACACACUUACCUGGGACUAAGUCCCAUCAAACUGAGGAGCUUCCUUCUGAGGACACUUGUAUAGGAUCUCUACCACACAAGCAUUUAAAAUACAGGCAUCACCAGCUGUGGGGUAAGCACUCUUUUUUUUCUUUUAAUAACCUGACACCACCACCAAUAAGCCAAAGCAUGUGAAAUUUUCACAAGUGGGCUUUUCCAUCCACUUCCAUAGGGCUUCCUUCUCUCUCUCCCCCCCCCCCGCCCCAAUGUUGGGCCUCCCAUCUUGUGCAAGAAGCUGCAUAUGGGAGCUGAUGCUAUAGGACAGGUUAUAUUUAGAGCAUAAUUGCCUACUGUUAGUUGACACAUAAAUAUGUAGCUAUUAUGCUACAAAAAUAAUCUGUUAAUCCUGUAAGAGAUUAGCCUCUUUGUAAACUGCUUGUUUUAGCAUAUGUUAAUCCUUUCUAUCACAGUAAGAAACAAGACGUUGUGUUUGUUUGGCCACUAGCUUGUGCUGGUCCAGUCCUGUUUUUGAGUGUGUGCGUAUGUGUCUAAUAUUCUUCUAAGCUGGUUUGUUAAAAGUUUUCGCCUAUGUGGGAAACUCAUGAAAAAUGAUUGCAACCUAUUUUCUAAGUCCAUAGUGACAAGUUAACUCAAAUGAUACUUUUGAAGGGUCACUGCAAUUUAAAUGAGUUUGAAAGUCACCCAGGUACUUCUACAAAGCGCAGCCCUUGUUUCUGCUUCCACCCAUUGACCUCACAAGACUGCACAGGAUCCCCUCGUUAAGGCCGGGGAGGAAGUAGAUUAGGGGAGAGUGCUAGCAUACCACCCACUUUCCUAUUUUCCUUUUUCUGUUAAAUAAAACUACUGAGGUCAGGCUCUUGUUAGCUGGAUAUAUUUUGUUUUUCACAGAACACUGUUUGAAGUAGAGAAACUGGCAUUGCAGUCUGUUGGUACAAUGGUAUGUUCACAGAAACCAGUAUAACAUCCAUCUGUUAGCACAGAAAACUCUAACCGUGUGUGUAACCUGUCAAACUCAGGAGUUCUGCUCCAGUGUCUCUUGCACUUCUAUCCUUUAUUAUUAUUAUGUUCCAAGGCCAUUUGCUCUCAUCUAGCAGAAGAAGAAUACAGAAUAGUCAUCAUGCAGAAUGAUGCUUUCUUCCACCUGGCAGCUGUCUUUUGCCUAAAUUUAUUUCCAACUCAUUUUUAUU